AAAGAGGGAAGGAAAGGUGAACACAUCUCAGUCACUGGCAGAAACGGAGACAGACUAACCAGCAAGGCUGCAGUGUAUGACAGAACGAUGAAGUUGUUGGUCUUAGCUUUAGCUGUCACCCUGCUGUUUGCAGCUGGUGAAGCCCUGAACUGCCACCGGUGUAUCUCCAAAGAAGCUGGAGGAACCUGUGAGCUCACUGUCGAGACCUGCAAGCCAGAGAAGAAUGUCUGCGCUGCUGUCCAAUUCCUCAGUGCACCAUAUGGCCAAAAGCAGAAAUGCAUGGCUCUGUCAGAGUGCAUAAUGCUGAGGAUGAAUGCUUACAUCGACAUCAAGUGCUGUACAGAAGACAUGUGCAACACCUUCUAAAAUGGCAAUGAAUUGGAGUAUAUUUGAGGCGCAUACGCAUGUGUGAAUUCAAAGCUAAAUUUGCUGUCAAUCCUUUCCUUUGACGAAUAAAAGCAGUUUGACAAAGAGUGA